UCGGAUAAUAUGCUAACUUCAACCUGCGCUUUAGGUUGGCUGUAGGAAAUUGAACUCUAUCUGUACCGCAUGUGCUCUUUCAGCUGAGUGUGGGUUGUGCUUGUCGCGGUCAGUCUGUGCCGGAUUAAUUUCUCGUGUUGUUAUGGCUCUCGGUAGUGAAGUGAAUGAUGAUAAUGCUACGAAACAAACUUCACAAAAAGUGAAAAAAUGCCCAGUAACCAGCAACCUAAGCGAAAAAAGUGGUAGCGAGAAUGUUAACAAAGGUUCUAAGCCCGAGAAGGCUGCUAAAAUGAAAAAGGAAUCAAUCACCGGCGUCAAAGUAGUUAGCUGUAGUAAUGGUCACGCAAGUACACCGAACGGGCGGGCAGAUGACGAGGGUGGUGGAAACGUCGCGAUACCACGUGUCUCUUACGCAGCAGCUGCACGCAAAGCUCCGUCACCACAAAUAAAUAAUACGCCCCCGCCAUUUCCGCUUAAUACAGAAUUCCCGAAAAGUACAACGAUCAGUGACAAAUCAAUGCAAACUACUCGCGGUACUUCAACUACCAAACUAAAUGGAGAAAGGUCACUAUCAGAUGAUAAUAAAGAUGAAUUAAGUACCAAAGAAUCGAUCAUGAACGGCACCGAAGAUGCAAACAAAAAUAAAGUGGUCAAUGGUGAUCUAAAAAAUAUGUCUGAAUGUGAUAUUAGUAGUAGUGAUAAUACUAAAAUAGUUUCUAAUGGAAUUAACAGUGACUCUGAUGAUGUUAAAUCAAAUAUGUCUAAUGAUGCAAAUGAAAGAAUAGUUUUAACUGAAGACUUACCAUUAAAAGUUUCUGAGCCUAAAUCAUGUAGUAGCAAAAAGAAAGAAAGUAAAAAGAGCAUACCACUGGAGAAGUCUAAAGAAUCUGAAAAUAAAAAACCUGUAUCCGAAAGUACUGAAGAAGAUAACAAAGUAGAGGAAACUUUUAAACAAUCCGUUGAUGACGAUAAUAAAGCAGUUGUUAAGGUUGUCAACGGCGAUAACGAGUCCACUCCAAGUGAAGAUGGCGACGAGAAGAAGAGAGAUGCAGAAGUUGUUUUUAUUCAGGAUAUGGGAUUCACCGUAAAAAUUGUGAGCCCUAGGGCCGAACCUUUAGAUAUUCAGGUUUCGAGUAUGGAACUUGUUCAAGAAAUACAUCAAGUACUAAUGGAUCGUGAAGAUACGUGUCACAGAACUUGCUUUUCUCUUCAACUUGAUGGUGUUACUUUAGACAACUUUGCGGAGUUAAAAAAUAUUGAAGGUCUCAAAGAAGGUUCUGUUAUUAAGGUCGUAGAAGAACCGUACACGAUGCGCGAAGCUCGAAUUCACGUACGACAUGUACGCGACCUGCUAAAGUCUAUUGACUAUGUGGAUGCCUAUGCUGGCCAAGAGUGCAGUUCCCUUGCUUUUCUCAACAUUGUUACACAGGGUGAUAUUUUAGAAAAAAAGAAGUCACGGCCAGAGAGUGUAGACUGUACUCCACCAGAUUUUAUAAUGCCUGGUAGUUCAGAAAGGCCUUUGUUAGCCCUCCAUCCGGGGCUCACAAAAGAAAAUAAGGCUCCACAGUGCCUUAAGGUACUAACUACGUCUGGUUGGAAUCCACCACCAGGUCCGCGUAAGAUGUGCGGUGAUCUAUUGUACCUGCAUGUCGUCACUCUUGAAGAUCGCCAUUUCCAUAUAACAGCGUGUCCGCGCGGUUUCUACCUCAAUCAAUCCACCGAAGAAGUGUUCAAUCCACGUCCUUUUAACCCGUCCCUACUUUGUCAUUCCUUAAUCGAGCUUUUGAGUGUAGUGUCUCCUGCUUUUAAGAGAAAUUUCGCUCUGGUGCAAAAGAGACGUAUGCAAAAGCAUCCAUUCGAAAGAGUCGCUACGCCUUAUCAAGUUUAUCAGUGGGCUUCGCCGAUGCUGGAGCACACAGUUGAUGCUAUCCGGGCGGAAGACACGUUCUCCUCCAAGCUGGGCUACGAGGAGCACAUUCCGGGGCAGACGCGUGACUGGAAUGAGGAGUUGCAGACCACCCGCGAGCUGCCACGAGCUACGCUCCCUGAGCGACUGCUGCGGGAACGGGCUAUAUUUAAGGUGCACAGUGACUUUGUGGCAGCCGCAACGCGCGGUGCCAUGGCUGUCGUCGAUGGCAAUGUGAUGGCCAUCAACCCUGGCGAAGAGCCCAAGAUGCAGAUGUUUAUUUGGAAUAACAUAUUCUUUUCGCUCGGUUUCGAUGUCCGCGACCAUUAUAAAGACCUUGGUGGGGACGCUGCUGCAUUUGUUGCCCCGCGGAAUGACUUGCAAGGUGUGCGUGUGUACAGCGCAGUGGACACGCCAGGGUUGCACACGCUGGGAACUGUAGUGGUGGACUAUAGAGGGUACCGUGUCACAGCUCAGUCUAUUAUACCUGGUAUUCUUGAAAAGGAGCAAGAACAAAGCGUUGUGUAUGGAAGUAUUGACUUUGGGACCACUGUACUUUCGCAUCCUAAGUAUAUGGAACUGCUGAGCAAAGCCGGUCAACAGCUCAAGAUAAUGCCACACUCUGUGAUCAGUGCGAAUGGAGACACUGUUGAGUUGUGCUCUAGCGUGGAAUGCAAGGGUAUCAUCGGCAACGAUGGCCGCCAUUACAUUCUCGACCUGUUACGCACCUUCCCUCCCGACGUCAACUUCCUGCAAUUGGAAGAUGACGAUUUGAGAGAGGAUAUAAAAUCACUGGGCUUCCCAAUUAUACAUAAGCACAAAUUGUGUUGCCUUAGACAAGAAUUAGUUGAUAGUUUUGUUGAGGCACGUUACUUCAUGUUUAUUCGUUAUGCUGCAUUCCACUUGCAACAGUUAAGUGCGAAGCGUCAGCAAAAGACAUCUGAACAGAAGUCUAUUGAAGAUAGUAAGGAUAGUGGUAAGAUUGAGGCUGCAAAAGAGACUGAAAAAGAAACUAACAAAGACGAUAAGAGUCAGAAUAAGGAAAUUAAAAGAGAAAGCAAGAGUCAGGAUAAGGAAGUGAAGAGAGAUAGCAAGAGUCAGGACAAGGAAACUAAAGGAGACAGUAAAAGUCAAGAUAAGGAAAUUAAAGAUAAGAAACAGAAGAAAGAGGAAAAGAAGGAGAAGCUAGACACUGCCAAAAAGGAUGACGCUAAAGACGCGGAAAAAACAGAGAAGCUAGAAAUUAAGGAUAAGGAUGAUGAAUUGUUGCUCAACGAAAAUUAUUCGGAGAUUGAUACCGAUGUUGCCAAAAAAAUUGUUGAGAGCAUAACAGAUUCAAUAUGUAGCGGAGACAAACAAGAAAAUGAUUCUGGUGAGAGAUCUCGAGCCGUGGUAGCGGCUGCUGCGAGAGCGGUGGCCUCGCUCAAGGAAUCGGAGUUUGACGUGCGUUUCAACCCCGACGUGUACUCGGCGGGCAUCAAGCACGCAGCAACGCCCGAGCAGCUCGCUAAACAACGCCACCUGGUGAAGGAGGCUGCGGCCUUCUUGCUGACAACACAGAUUCCUGCCUUUGUGCGCGAGUGUCUGGAGCACACAUCGGCGCCGAUGGACGGCGCUGGUCUGACGGAGGCGUUGCACGCACGCGGCAUCAACGUGCGCUACCUGGGCCGCGUUUGCGCCGCACUCAAGCCGCACGCAAGCCUCUCGUACCUCUACAGCAUCGCUGUGGCCGAGCUGUUACUGCGCGCCGCAAAACACGUGUACACCAACUAUCUGCAGGGCUGUGAAGCUAUGUGUACGAGCGCAGCCGUGUCGCACUUCUUGAACUGCUUGCUGGGCGCGUGUUCCUCUCCGGCGCCCGGUGCUGCGGAGGCACCCGCCCGGGCGCCCCGCUCCCGCGGCCGCCGUGCCAAGAAGACCCACCACGCUUCGCCCGCCUCGCCGCCGCCCUCCCCCGACUGGCAGAACGUCACCCCCAAAGCGCUCUUCCAACAGAUCAAACAGGAACUCAAGGCCUACUGGGGAUAUGAGCUAAAUGCUGAAAGUAUGGAUGUAGUUAUAGAGAAACAUAAUCUACAAAAAAUAUCUCUUCUUAGGUCAUUUUCGCUAAAAGUAGGCUUGCAAGUACUCCUGCGCGAGUACGACUUUGACAAUAAGAACAAAACCACAUUCUCAUCAACAGACAUAAUGAACAUAUUUCCAGUUGUUAAACAUAUCAAUCCGAGGGCAUCAGACGCUUACAAUUUCUACACAACCGGCCAAAACAAGAUUCAAGCGGGCGCAGUGUCCGAGGGUCACGAAUUAAUAGCGGAGGCUUUGAAUCUUCUGAACAACGUGUAUGGGGCGAUGCACGGGGAAAUCGCGCAGUGUCUCCGCAUGGUGGCGCGCUUGUGCUACGUCACGGGAGAACACAGGGACGCCAUGGCGUACCAACAGAAGGCUGUCCUUAUGUCCGAGAGGGUCAACGGCAUCGACCACCCUUACACCAUUACGGAAUAUUCUCAUUUGGCAUUAUAUUGUUUCGCGAACGGUCAAGUGAGCACCGCUUUGAAGCUAUUGUACCGCGCACGGUACCUUGCUCUGCUCGUUUGUGGCGAGAAUCAUCCCGAAAUGGCGUUAUUAGAUAGUAACAUCGCCCUGAUCCUGCACGCGGUGGGCGAGUACGAGUUGUCGCUGCGCUUCGCCGAGCGCGCUCUGAACGUGACGGGCGCCACUCACGGCGCUCGCUCGCUCAAGGCCGCAGUAGCGAGGCAUUUGCUCGCACGCACUCUGUCCUGCCUAGGCGACUUCCGCGCCGCCUUACAGCACGAGAAGGAGACCUACUCCAUAUACAAGCUGCUGUUGGGUGAAAAGCACGAGAAGACCCGCGAGUCUUCGGAGUGCUUGCGCCACUUGACGCAGCAGGCGGUGGUGUUGCAAAAGCGGUUGACGGAGGCGUACGCACGCGGUCACCCGCACCCCGCACCGCUGCACAUCCAGCCACCCGCAAUGGCCUCCGUCAUCGACAUGCUCAACCUUAUCAACGGCAUACUCUUUGUGCAGAUCAGCCCCCAGGACAUUGAGCAGUUCAAAGCGGAAAUAGAGAAGAGACAGCUCAAAGACUUGCCCGUACCUGGACUACCCGAGGUGACCGUCAAGGAGAAAGGCGAGAGCACGAGUGACGAAACCGCAGCGGUGGUUAAAGAGCUCAAGGACACGAUCAACGGCGCCGGGAGUUGAAACGCGUCGAAACGCCCCAAAAAAGAGCGUGGUACUCCACCGUGUUCUACAUCGUUAACGAUUAUCGAUCGAUCAUAUUGUUCCUUAUUAUCGAGGUAUGCCGUAGUGGAUAGUGUGCUAAGGUUUGAUGUAGAUUUUUUUGUUAGUCAAAUUUUUUGAGAAUAUUAAUUUCGAUCAAAUAUCUAUUAAGAGUUAUUUUAUGAUGUGCAAUAGUUUCGUGCGCGUCUCACGUUUGGUUUGGGUCGCGUUACCACGGACACCCAGCCUGAGAUCUAUAAAGCGAGCCUAGACUUUGCUGACGAUAAAUGUGGCUAAACUUAAUAACAAUCUUUAUUCUGAAAUUUAUAGAUGCAUCACGCUGAGAUUAUGCUGAGCAUAAGCUAAGACAAAUUUAGACUUAAAAGUUAAACCCAAACUCAAAAUUCUAAAUAAAGAUUUCAGUAAGUGAUUAAAAAUAAAAAUGUCACUUUGAGUGUACUUACUUAUGUUAUUAGGCUCAUAGAUAAUAUAUCAAGGCAACAAUAAAAAUCGAUAUUUUUUAUUGCAUAAGCAUAUACUGAUAUUUUAUUGUCAAGUAUAUUAUAUAUUUCGAAUAACAACAUGAACUGCUGGAGUACAGUCAUAAAAAAAUGACUAUUUCAUUGUCACCGAAUUAUACCGAUAUAUUAUCGAUAUAUCAAAAUUGAUAUUAAUACAUGAUUAAAUAUCGAUACGAUAUUUAAGUGUUAUAUUAAUUAAAUAAGUACCUAUUCUUUAUAUGUCGCAAGUCAUAAUAUUUGUGAACUUAGGUUUCGCUAAGCGCGCGCUUAUCUUUGACUCGAGCAUACAGAUAUAAUACAGAAUGUCUACUCGAAGUAAAGUCUAAUCGCAGGUUAAACACGCUUUAUAGAUCUCGGCCCCAGACACAGUAAAUAUAUUAAAGCAGUAUGGAAGCUACGAAAAAACGUGCGACCACAGCACACUCGCACAGAUGCUCGCCAUUACGAGGCAUCAAAGCUAUUAUCGAAGUAUUUGAGUCGGGUUUACCGUGUCGAGACGAUCUGUCGCUCGCGUUACUGUAGUGUAGACAGGUCGCGUGUAGGUUAUUUUAUCAAUUCCAUACUGCUUUACCUUAUAUACUUACUGUGGCCCAGAGUAGUGCAAUUUUGUAGUGAUAGUAGCAAUAAGUUUUGGUUGUGAGCCCGUACGAACGCGUCGCUUGAUAUUGGUACUGGUGCUACUGCCAUCUUGUCUUUUCCCUGUGUAAUGAAUUCAUGAAUUAUUGUUGUUGUUGCUGAGUAUUAUUUUAAUGUUUUUCUUUUUUAAUAUUGCGGGAUUAUAUUGUUGAAUUACCGAUUUUAAAUUCGAUUGUAUUGCGAUUGAAAUGUAACAAGAAAAUGUAUAAGUACCCUUUAUAAGUGGAUUGGAGAAAUAUGGACCUUAAAUCUCUUUGAUACGAAGAUACAAGCUUGUCCGUACAGCCAGCGUCCUUGACUUGAUUAAUACCAGCUUCGACCAGCUUCGAUCAAUAUUAAAUGUAUAUUAUUGCUGCCUCGUUGGUCAUAUAGUUAGCGUUAUCAACUACGGAUCACAAGGUAAUGAGUUCUAAGUCCGAUUCGGGUCAAAAUUUCAAAAAUUGUUUGUGAUCACGUUUUUUUUUAUUUAGGAAUUUUCAGUACCUGCUCUAAGCUAGGACAUUGGCGGUGCCACUCCCCAUGCUAUGGUGAGCACGUUAAACUAUCGGUCCCGGUUAUUAUCACAAACUUGUGAGUAGAGAAAUUUACAACUUUAAAACAAUGGAUACUAGGUCUAUUUUGCUUUGUCGUCAUUCAGUAAUACAAUCGAAUAACAUAAGCUAGAAGCAAUCCGUUACAAAGGGUACAUACAGACUAUUUUUUACCUAUUUGGUAUGAUUGUUUUGUACGAACACGACGUGCGAGGACGCUCGAUUAUAAAUCACUCUGAAAACUGCCUUGAACUUUUUUCUUUCCUUAAUUCUGAUUUUAGUAUUUUUAGUGCCAUAUACGUAGUAUGUAGUUGUUUUUAUAAAACAAUUCUGUUUAGUCUGUGAUAUACGGUGUUUAUCUUCGAGCUACUUGCUUGUCGUCUAUGCUAAUAAAGUGUGCGAAAGCUUAACUUAAACAGUCUUAAAAUUAUCACAAAUAUUAUAGUUGCAUACUUUGUAACCCUACUUAAAUUAUAAAGAGUUAAGUGUAUGUCUGUACAUUGGAUAUAAUAUGUAACCUAAUCUAACAUACAAUUAUCUUGUUUUCUGUGUUUACAGUCAUAACAUGAAAUAAGUAGUAAACAGCUUUGACAAAAGUUUGUACCAUCGUAGUCAGUGAGCUGUUUUUACCUCCUUUAUUAAUAACAAUAAUAAACGUGGCCUGACGUCAGAAUUUGUCACACUUCAACUAGCAGUAUGUUUCAAAUGUCGGAACUUAAUAAAAACUGCUUUAUUACUUCUAUACUACACCACAUUAAUUAAUAAGGGGGCUAGGGUUUAUAUUCUCUCGGGAACGUUGACGUCGGGCUUUAUUUCUUUAUAAUUAGUCAGGUUGAAACUAAUCACGUCAAAACUCUAACUCUAAUGUAAAAUAAGUAAAAACUACAUAAUUAAAAAGUGGUGUCUUGGAAAUUUAUUAUUGACUGAUGAAUUAUGUUGUACUACUAUGUCUUUCUAUAUAACACUCAUUUUGGAAAGGUUUUAUCAACAACUGCAGAAGUAACUGUCACGAAAUGAGGGUGGAAUGGUACUCAUAUAGGGCAGAUCACCCAUCUGGUAAUGGCAGGAUUUCCCCAAUCAGUACAACUGUCAUGAACAAUUUUUAUUACCCUGCAGAGGUAUUAACAUCUCACUGAUCCGGAGUCAGAGAUAUAAUAUAUACUAUGUUUUGAGUAACUAUAUGAUAUUGCACAAUGGGUAAGACUAGGGAAAACUUAUGUGCGCAUGGAAAAUUUAUAAGCAGUGUAAGUAGCGUUCAACCACAGAUAUAUAAUAUGAAUGUAAUGUAUUUUUACUUUACUUAACCAUAGUAUGAUUUUAACAUGUAUACUUUCUAGUAAAUAUAUAUUUUACAAAAUAUAAAUGUUUAAUACGGAUCAUUUAAACGCCAACAUUUUGGAACAAAUUGGCCUAAAACUAUGGUUUGUUCACGUCACAUUUCGUUCUACCAAUGAUCUACAUUUUACAAUUUUGAAUUAUAUAGUAUAUUAUUUGUUCAAUAUACAUAAAAUUUUAAUGGAUUUCAUGCCAAUAAAAAUUAAAAUGUUGAACCCGACGCAUAUACCCUAUUGUAAAUCAUCUGAACUCCUGCAUCUUAUAGUUAACAAACUAUCUCUGUUAAUACUUAAUUCCAUUAAAUUGUAUAAAUAUUCAUAUUGAUUGAUGGUCCUGUGACAAAAAUAUUAUUAGUCACAUAAUCGUGCUAUGUACGUACACAUAAUUGGUUAUUUACUAAGGUAUAGUAUGAAAUAUACCCAUUAAUUCUAAGAUAUUAUGAAGUUUCGCUUAAUAUCGUUAAAAACAUUGCUCGACAUGAAUUACUUUUGUAUGCAAUCAUAGAUCGCUCAACGCAUUUUAAAUCGAAAUAAUUUGUUUCUUUUUUUUUAUAUUUUAAUGUACUUAUUGAAGACAACCAAUCUGAUUUGAGAAAUUAUUUUAGAGUUACAUAUCCCGAUUGAUUAGUGAAUUAUUAUUGAUUAGUGAGUUAUACUACAUUACAUCACGUUAUCCUUAGUUAACGCAAAUAAAAUCGCGGUACACACCUAGUUUACAACUAAAAUAAAAAUGUUAGUUUAGUUCAAUUGCAAAUGACUCGCGUUAGCAGUAGAUUUUUCUACUGCCCUGUUGUCUAAGGGACAGGAAACGCUUGGGCCCUAGUCAAUAUCAUUUUAUAACUAACCUAACCUACGUAAUUAUUAAAAAUGUAGACAACUCAUGAAAUAAUGAAAAUUUAGUUAUAGCGUGAGCUGUAUUUCCUACACAAUCUUAUUAAAUUCCUGAUUUUUGUAACGUUCUAUUUCUAUAUUUAAUCUAUAUGUAAUCUGUUGAUAAGUUGCUAAGCAAAGUUUUUAUUUGUUAAUAUAAUAUGGCUAUUUUUGACAAUAACAAAGUUUCUAAGUAAUUACAUCUGUAGAUUACGGAUUGAUUUAAUACAGAAAAUGGACAUAAAGCCCGUAAAGAUUAAGGUGUGUUCGACAGUUAGCUCGGGCACUGGCGACCAAGCGAUGGUCGCGAUUCUGCGGUCAGCCCUAAGAUCCAAGUAGAUUUUUAAUAAAAAUAAAAAAAAAACAAAAGUCUGUUAUUUGUUAGAAGUUUCAGUAAUUAGUCGGUAUUAUAACAAAAAAUGCUUAGAUGUUUAGCUGUCCGUAAAGCCAAUGUUGAACUUGUAUCGUUGUUUGCUAAUUUUAGUGUGUGCGUAAAUUCGGGCAUCAUUAUUCCUAAUGUUAAUUAAAUUAUAAGGAAAUUGUUUGAAGAAGUACGUGCCUAAACAUACAAUAAUGUUGUUGUUGUUACAUUUCUCUAACAAUAUGACGAUCAUGUAAAUACGGCGCUGUUCGUAGUAUACUAAUAUAAUUCGUUUUUAAAUAAA